AUGCUAGAUUUCUUCACCAUCUUCAGCAAAGGGGGGAUAGUGCUGUGGUGCUUUCAGGGAACCGGGGUCACAGAGUCAUUUACCGGUCCAGUCAACGCCCUCAUACGCUCUGUAAUUCUUCAGGAGCGAAGUGGGAAUAACCUGUUCACUCAUGAGGCCCUGAAUCUGAAGUAUAAACUGGACAAUGAGUUUGAGUUAAUUUUCGUGGUGGGUUUUCAAAAGAUCCUGACGCUGACCUAUGUGGACAAGCUCAUAGAUGACAUCCAGCUGCAUUUCAGGGACCGUUAUAAGAAUGAAUUGGAGCACAAGGGUGUGAUGAAGCUUCUUAAUCACAGUUUUGAGUUUGAGGAUGACUUCAAAAUGCUUCUUUGCGAGGCAGAACAGAGCAGCAAAGCUCGGAGCCCCGCACCAAUGCGCUCUUUCAAGGAGUCUGAAAAAUCCCAAAAAACUGUGAAGUCCAUGAUAGAAACAAAGGGUGGAGACAAAGAAAAGGAACAGGGUAGCAAAAAGAGCAAGAAUACCAAAAAGGAAGACCUUGUUAAAUCAGAUCAAGGUAAAGGCACAGCUCCUGCCUCCAAGCUGGUUGAGAAUGGCAACCAUGGCCUUACACCUGAAGAGAUCAUGCAGAAAAAGAGAGAGGAGUUCUUUCGCAAGCGCACAGCUGGACCUGCUGAAAAAGUCAGUAAGUCUCCGAAGCCUCAGAAGCCAAAGGGGAAACAGAUGCGCAUUUGGGAUAUGGGUGGUAACAGUACCAAGGACCUGGACUACAGUGAUAGGAAUGGAGAGAAUUCUCCUAAUGGUUGUGACCAAAACCAGGAUGCACCUGCUGAUCCUGGAAUGCAGUUAAGCUCCAUGAAGGGAGAUUUGCCGUCUGUGGAAUGUGAUUCCACUGAGGAGGAGGAGGAGGAAGAGGAAGAAGAGGAAAGAGUGGUUGUCAAUGCAACAGUCAAGAGCAGCACCAAGAAGAGUGGCGGUUUUGGGGGUAUGUUUGGCAUGCUGAAGGGCCUGGUGGGCUCCAAGAGUUUGAAUCUGGAGGACAUGGGGCCAGUUUUGGAGAAGAUGAGGGACCACCUCAUUGCAAAGAAUGUAGCAGCUGAAAUUGCUUCACAGCUUUGUGACUCGGUAGCCAAAAAGCUGGAAGGCAAAGUCAUGGGCACUUUCACCACUGUUGCCUCAACAGUAAAGCAGGCCCUGCAAGAGUCGCUGGUCCAGAUUCUUCAGCCUAAGCGGAGGGUGGAUAUUCUCAGAGAUGUCAUGGAGGCACAGAGUCAGAGGAGACCUUUCGUUAUUACUUUCUGUGGUGUCAACGGGGUUGGAAAGUCCACCAACCUAGCAAAGAUCUCAUUCUGGCUAGUCGAGAAUGGUUUUACGGUGCUUAUCGCAGCCUGCGACACGUUCCGCGCCGGAGCGGUGGAGCAGCUGCGAACCCACCAGCGCCGCCUAAACUCGCUGCACCCACCAGAGAAGCACGCAGGACGAACUAUGGUCCAGCUCUAUGAAAAGGGUUAUGGGAAGGAUGCUGCUGGAAUUGCAAUGGAGGCCAUUGCCUAUGCUCGCAACCAGGCUUUCGAUGUGGUGCUGGUGGACACUGCAGGGCGUAUGCAGGACAACGCCCCCCUCAUGACAGCACUGGCAAAACUCAUUGCAGUUAACAUGCCUGACCUCGUGCUAUUCGUCGGGGAGGCUCUGGUGGGCAACGAGGCAGUCGACCAAUUGGUUAAGUUCAACCAGGCUUUGGCUGACCACUCUAUGUCUGACAAACCUCGCCUCAUAGACGGUAUUGUCCUCACAAAGUUUGACACCAUUGAUGACAAGGUUGGCGCGGCUAUCUCCAUGACCUACAUCACAGGCCAGCCAAUAGUGUUCGUGGGCACUGGGCAGACGUACAACGACCUCCGCAGUCUGAACGCCCGUGCUGUGGUCAGCGCCCUGAUGAAGGCUUAA